AUGAUCAGAAACGUCUUACGAGACAAGCCACCUUUAUCUCGCGAUUCUUGUUGUGUCCGUUUUUUUGGUCUUGAAAAAUGCUCGUUUCUCUCGAUCAUCAGUACAAUCCUACUGCCAAGUAUUAUUGCAGUUGCAACUAUCAUUCUGUCUGAACACCAAUCAAAUCUUGCGCAAAAGAAUAGAGAAAAAGACAUAGAUCUGGCUCGUCAACAACGUGAACAAGAUUUCGACCUAGCAAAUCGAACUCGAGUACAAACACAUGAGUUGGAAGAAAAUCGUCGACGACAAGAUCGUGAACUUGCUAAUGAAAUGCGUGUUCAAGAUCUUUUAAUUGCAAAUAAUAUUCGUCAAGAUGGUAUUGUAAGCACAUUCAUUCGUGAAACCAGUGAACUACUCAUUCGCCAAAAUUUUUCUCUCGAUUUUUAUAAUCGUAUGAUGGUUUUAAGGCCUAAAAUCCUAACUGUUUUCCGCCAAUUAGAUGAUCCAAAACGUAAGUAUUUUGUAAUUCAAUUUUUGCAUGAAUCUCGUCUGAUUGUUACGGGUAAAAAUCCUUUGGAUAUGACAGGAGUUGAUUUGACUGGAGUUGAUUUUAGUAGUCCGUUCCGUCGUGAUGAUCGUCGCUCGCGAAUGUGGCAUAUUUCACUUGUUGGCGCCAUAAUCGUUAACGCCUCCUUCGUCAGUCGGGAUAUACGUCACUGUAACUUUACUGAAACAUUUGCUGAUGGAGCUAAUUUUACUGCAUCAAUAUUAUUCGACGUUCUUUUCUAUCAAGCUUCGCUUCGCUCUGCUACUUUUUUUAAUGCUGGUUUUUCAACAAGUGAGUUCAUGGGUGCCGAUUUAACAGGAGCAGAUCUAAGAGGACUAUAUACAGGAAUACCCGAUUUUGAUAGAGAUCCAUUUCCUUUUAUUGGUGCUAUUUUACCCGAUGGAAGAAAACUUAAAGGACAAAAUCUGAUUGUAGCAGGAAAUGCUGAAAAAGUCACAACUGGAUUCGACUGUUUUAAUUUCGAGAGGAAACCGUCUCUAGGAGAUAUUUUACCAUUUUGGAUUCGUGAAAAUGAUAAAGUGAUUACAAUGCCGUAUGGAAUGGAUGAAGUGCGUAAAGGAUGCUAUUUCACUGCAAAACCUUCGCAGAACUUUUCACGAAUCUAUCAACUUAUUGAUAUGAAACGCUACUCAAAGAUCAUACAAUAUGGAGAAGCCUAUUUUAAAUUUCAGGCUUACAUACGAAGUCCACGUAACACUAGAAGUUGUGCCUUUUUUGAAUAUAUGGACGAGAAACAUCUCCGACUUGGUAAUCUUUCGUUGAGUAAUGAAAAUAAAAAUGGCAGCACACAGACAGAUGUAAUACAUAUUCACCAAUCGACACGUUAUAUGGAGGUUCAGUUAAUUUUCGAACCGAACCAUAACAAUUCAUUGACUCAAAUCACGAUGAUGGAUGAUAUUGAAUUCAGAUUAGUUAGUCUAAGAGGAUAG